AUGUUCUUGAUCGAUGUUGAACAAACCAUUAAGAAAAAUAAGGAAAAUCUUUUUCUCAAAUUCAAGAAUGAAAUCAUCGAUGAAUUAAAAGAUGAUUUUGAAAUCAAUGAAUAUUUUGAUUCAAAUAUGAUUGUAAAUGAUCGUAGCAAAGAUAUUAUGAUCUCAAGAGAUGAUAUUGAAGCUUUGAUUACUUGUAAAUAUAGACCAAAGGCAAAAAUUCGAUUUAAUGAUAUCGAACGAACUGCUGCAAUAAGUGAAUUUUAUGGUGUUCAAGGCAUAGUUGUUACAAAUCUUGGUUAUGGAAAAGAAGCAAUCAGAGUUGCGAAGAAACAUGAUAUCAUAUUAACUCAUAAGUUUGAUAUCAAGCAUAAGUUAAAUUUUUAUAUCGAGAAAGAAGUUGAAAGGAAGGAGUUGGAUAUCUUGGAGGAUAUUGAAAGAAAAGAAAAGAUUUAUCUUU